AUGUGGUUCCUCUUGAUGCUGCCCCUUUUCGCUACAGCCGUGGCAGGGGAUGAGGCUUCUUGCUCUACCUUGGCCGGGAACUCGGGGCCUUUAAAUGUCAACGGAACAGUCCUGACUAACUCCACAUGGAUCCCGGCGGGUGCCAAGAACGUGUCAGGGACUUUCAACGCAGCGGCUUUCUGCGAGGUGUCCGGGACGGUAUCCUAUGGAAAUGGAGGCAUGGCAGGCACGAUUGAUGACGCUGCGCUUGUGCUGAAUCUGAACAGCGGGUAUGCAGUCGCUGGAGGGGAUAGCGGACAUCGAGCAGCGGAGAACAACGACGGCAGCGGCGAAAACGGAGUCUACAUCCCGUACCUGCAUGACCAGGACCAGAUUCUCGCCUGGAUCCACAACUCAAUAGCCUACUUUACCCCUCCUGCGAAAUCGAUCGUUGAAGCAUACUACGCCAGUGCUCCUCAAUACAGCUACUACAAGGGAUGCUCUACGGGCGGUGCGCAAGCCUUUGCUCUCGCGCAAUAUCACCCUGAGCUGUUCGAUGGCAUAGUGGCCGGGUGCCCUGGAAACUGGUACUCUCAUCUCACCCUGUCGUUCUUGUGGAACGCACAGGCUUCUGAAGGUACUGAGUUAGAAGACGAGACCGCGGGCCAGAACAUCCUCGAUUUUGUCGAACAAGCCGUUUUGGACCAUUGCGAUGAGCUUGAUGGAGUCAAAGAUGGCCUGCUUGAAAAUCCUUUGAUCUGCGACUUCGAUAUCACCACGCUGCAAUGCGGUUCAACAGCAGCCAACUCGACCCAGUGCCUUUCCUCGACCCAGAUCGCCGCGUUCCAGAAGAUAUACGACGGCCCCCGCAACUCGACCGGCAACAGCCUCUAUCCUGGUUUCACAUUCGGCAGUGAGAACGAGCUCAUCCAGCAGACAUCUGGCUCCCUCGCAGGGUCUUUCACGGCCUCGAUCCUACAGAACGUGGUCUUUGAUAAUCUUUCUUACGACGUAAACUCGUUUGACUGGGACGCAGACGUUGGUCUCAUUGACCACCGCGUCGGUACCCUUAUCGACGAGAUCAGCCCGGACCUAUCAGCGUUCCGUGCAAGGGGCGGCAAGCUCUUGGUAACGCAGGGCUGGGCCGACCCGUACAAUGCGGCGACGUGGCCGAUCGAUCACAAAAAACAGCUCGAGGAUGCUAUGGGCGGAGAUGUCUCGGAUUGGUUUUCACUCUUCAUGUUGCCCGGAGGAGGUCACUGCGAGGGAACCCUCAAGCAUACAUCAACACCACAGACACCGCACUCGUUGGAGAAGCUCGUUGAGUGGGUUGAGACGGGACAAGCACCGCAAGAGAUGCUUUUCAGUAACCCGCCGGAUGGUGGGAACAUCACGCGGAAAGUCUGUCCCUGGCCAAGCACUGCUGAGUAUACUGGUGGCAGCACCAACGACUGGUCAUCCUUUGUCUGUAGUAGUUAG